AUGUGUUGAUGUGGUGAUGGUUGUGCUGGGAGAAACAGACUGAAUUUUAUGAGAGUAAAUUGCCCAGGCUAAGUCACUGUUUUGCGUUUUGAAGAUCGCUACGUGCUGUAUCCGUGGAAGUACAAAUUAGAAGGAAGGAAGUUGAAGAAAUGGAGGAUGAAAUAGGAGAAGUUGAAUCUCAAGGAAUGGAUUCUGUAAAUGAUCUUGUUUCUUUUCUUGAUCAUGGUUAUGAAUCCGAAGGGGAGCUGAACACGAGGAAACUCGUCGCUCAAAUGAAUAGAAAGAAAAAGAAAUCUGGAGGAUUUCAAUCUAUGGGUCUAUCUCAUCCUGUAUUCAAAGGAGUCAUUAGGAAAGGAUACAAAGUUCCAACACCCAUACAGAGAAAAUGCGUUCCAGUAAUCAUGGGUGGCAGAGAUGUAGUUGCAAUGGCACGGACUGGAAGUGGAAAGACGGCUGCAUUUCUGAUUCCGUUGUUUGAGAAAUUGCAAACUAGAAGCAGCAAGGCUGGAGCCCGAGGAUUGCUUCUCUCACCAACUAGAGAGCUGGCUCUUCAGACAUUGCAGUUCAUAAAAGAGUUGGGGAAGUUCACAAGUCUCAAAUCAGCCUGUAUACUCGGUGGAUCAAAGAUAGACGAUCAAUUUGAAGCGUUGCACGGCAAUCCUGACAUUAUAGUUGCCACACCAGGAAGGUUAAUGCAUGUAUUGAUGGAAAUGGAUCUGAGAUUAUCAAGUGUUGAAUAUGUUGUUUUUGAUGAAGCAGACAGAUUAUUUGAGCUUGGAUUUCAAGAGCAACUUCAAGAAAUUAUUUCCCGUCUUCCAUCAGAGAGACAAACUUUGUUAUUUUCUGCAACUUUACCAAAACAACUUGUCGAAUUCGCAAAAGCAGGACUAAAUGACCCUACUUUGAUUAGGUUGGACGUCGACUCAAAGCUCAGUGAACAGCUAAAGCUGACAUUUCUCUUUGCGAGAUGUGAAGACAAACCAGCGGUCUUGGUUCAUAUGUUGCGCAACAUCGUCAAACCUCAUGAGCAGACUGUUGUGUUUGCAGCUACUAAACAUCAUGUGGAGUAUAUAAGACUGCUUCUUUCUCGAUGCGGAAUCGAUUGUUCAUAUGUAUACAGUAGUUUGGAUCAAACAGAACGGAAAAUUAACAUUGGCAAGUUCAGAAACAAGAAGACCAUGGUCCUACUAGUAACAGAUGUCGCAGCUCGUGGGCUCGAUAUCCCAAUGUUGGACAACGCUAUCAAUUAUAAUUUCCCUGCCAAGUCGAAACUAUUUGUUCAUAGAGUAGGUCGAGUAGCGAGAGCAGGGAGGACAGGAACUGCGUAUUCUCUUAUAUCACCUGACGAAGUCGCUUACUUGAUUGAUCUCCAUUUAUUCUUGGGCCGAUCAUUAAAUAUUGCAAGAUCAGGAAAACAGUAUGAAAACUGGGAAGAUUUAUUUGGUCGAGCUCCUCAAGUUGUCAUCGACGACGAAAACACAACUCUGCGGAUAUUUUCUGAAGAAAACGAAAUCGCUAAUUUAUUAAAAGUAUCUACCAAUGCCUAUAAGCAAUAUAUUCGGUCUCGACCUGUUGCUUCUUCUGAGUCCAUAAAACGAGCCAAAGCAAUUCUGGAAGAUAAAAAAAUUGGAAUACAUCCAGCUUAUAGAAACGCAAUAGAUUCUUCUGAAGAACUCAGACAACAAUUGUUAACAAGCAUGAAAUCAUAUAAGCCAAACAGUACAAUAUUUGAGAUUGGUUCGACUGGGAAAUCUUCAGGAUUCAAAGCUAUGCAGGCAACGAGAAAACAGAAUGAAAAAUAUAUCGAGAAAUAUCAGAACAAGAAACAGAAACUUCAUGAAGAAGAAAAAGAUGGAUGUUCAAAAGUUCAAAUUCCAUCAAGUAGCAGCGUAACAACAGAAGAGUACCAUUCACUUAUGGGGAAAGAAGACAAUACUGAUAAGGUUUCAAUUGGUGAUUUUGCUGGCAGUAUAAGGAAAAGAAAAAAUGACGAAGGCGUCUUUGAACUUUCAAAUAAAAAGAUGAAAAAACUUUCUCAUUCUGCCAAAGAUGAAGAGCAUUAUAUUAAUUAUAAACCGAAGGAUCAUCACACAGAAUCUGGGCUCAGUCUUGAUAUCUCAAAAUCUUCGUUUGAACAUGAAGCAUCAGGAGCUGUGUUGGAUCUGAUGGGAGACGACGAUAAAUCUAUUCGAAAACAAAAAGGACAGCGCAAGGUUUGGGACAGAAAAAAGAAAAAAUUUGUUCAGCUGCAAUCCAACAUGUCAAUAAAGAACGGGAAAAUCCACACAGAAAGUGGAGCCAUAAUCAAGAAAUCAUAUAAAAAGAACAUUUACCAGGAAUGGAAAGAUAAAACAAAACAGGAAGAACAGGAUGAGAUGACGGGAGAGGAUGGCGGUGGGGCUACUAAUAGACGAGGGUUCAAGUUCAAUAAAGUUGGUAGAAGAGGACAAUCAGGCCCUCGAGUGAAAUCAGAACUCAAACGCCCUGAUGAAAUAUUAAAAGAAAGAAAAGAGAGAGAACGUAAAAUGCAACGUGGACGAGGUGGUGGAUCGUCAAGGGGACGGGGAGGGCCUUCUCGGGGUGGUGGAAGCUCGAGGGGCCAUGGAGGGCCUUCUCGGGGUGGUGGACGCUCAAGGGGGCCUUCUCGGGGUGGACCCUCGUUUGGGAAUAAAAAGGGUUUUGGUGCACCGAGAGGACAACAAUUUGGACAUGGUAGACCUUCUAGAGGAGGUUUUAGAGGUGGCUCACGGGGGCGUGGUGGAGGAGGAGGUCGUGGUGGAAGGAGGAGAUGA